AGUCAACACCAGCUGAGGAGAAAUCCUGUUCAGCAGAGGCAGCAGAACAGAACCUGAAAGGAGCCAGUGCACCUGGACUUUCCCCUCAAAGCUCAGUGGACCCAUUGAUGAUGCCUGCUAAUGAGAUGAUACGGAAGGGAAGAAAACAAUUGAUUGAAAUCCUUGAGAAGGACAUGGAUCUUGUUUUAGAUGAGUUAGUCUCUGAAUCUGUCAUCACAGAGGAAGAAUAUGAGGCCUGCAACAAAAUCGAGGAGGAUUCCAAGAAAAGUCGAAAAUUGCUUCUUCUGAUACAGAAAAAGGGGGAAACGGCCUGCUGCCAGUUCCUGGAACAUUUAGAACUUACAUGUCCCGGUUCAAAUCAAGUCCUGCAACAUUCAGUGCACCGUGGUUCAAGUCUGGAACCAAAAGCCGAAGUUCAGCAAGAACCGGAGCAAGAGGAAAAACACCCCGCCAAAGGUUGUUCAAGUCCGGAGCAAAAAGCUGAAGUUCAGCAAGAACUGGAGCAAGAGGAGAAACACCCUGCCAAAGGGAGAAGAAAAGCACUUAAGGAUAUUCUCAGGAAACUAAAGUUGCAGAAGAAAAAAAGCAAGAAAUUCUCCCUGGAAGGAGUCCUAGAAAUUAGUUCAGGGAGUUUAAAGGAGUGCAUCCCUAGUGCCACGGGAGGCUUGCCGUGGCAUUUUCUGAGGAAGGUCUUGGCUCUGAACGUGACAGCCAGGAGCACAAGCCUGGAGAAGGGGACAUCUGAUUGUCAAAAAACAAGGGAAGAGAAGGAGAUAAACAGGAUUGAUAAGCGUAUUUUCUGUACUGUCAGGAUGGAUGAAGGAGUUUCUGUGAACCCUCUUGAUGUCCUUUGUGCUGUUCUGCUCUGUUCAGACAGUUUCCUCCAGCAGGAGAUCCUUUCCAAAAUGUCCAUGUGCCAGUUUGCCUUGCCUUUACUUCUGCCUCCUUUAGAGACUUCCCAUUGUACCCUGAUGCUUUGGGCCAUGAGAGACAUUGUGAAAAAAUGGAGGCCCCAUUCCCUGGUUGACAGUAGGAGCUUUAGAGAGGAGAGUCUGGUGCUCACGUCCAUGCCAACUAUCUCCUUUGUGCGAAUGGGAAGUUUGAGUCUCUCCAAGUCCAAACUCCUGAAUGAGUUUCUCAGUCCUUCCCAGCAGCACCAUGAUUUCUUUCUGCACCGAGACAUGGAAUUAUGUGGGAACAUCCCUCGGGAAAUCGCUGAUGGGCUAGUAGAGAUUGCCUGGUAUUUCCCAGGAGGACAGAAGAGCUUGGACCUUUUCCCAGAGCCCAUUGCAAUCGCUAACCUCCAUGGAGAUGUUGAGUCACACUGGGUGCAGUUCAGCUUUUUAUCAGAGAUAUCCUCGGCAAUAUUUAUAUUUGCUGAACACAUUGGGGAGAGAGAAUAUUCUGUCUUGUCAUCACUGACAGAACUAUCCAUCCAGUACUAUUUUAUCAUCCUGAAAUGUAAUGGAAAUGAAUUUGAUGAAACUUUGUUUUUCUUAGAACAAUUGUCUUCAGUGCUUAAUUUCAACAAUUCACAUGUAUUAAUAAAAAGUGCUACAAUAAAUGAGGCAGAAUUUGUGGAAAAGUUGCAGUCUAUGAUUAAAAGCAUAGUCAUCACCACUCAAUGCAAAAAAAUAAGUGUACAAAACAUGGCUACGGUGGCCCGUGAGCUUAAAAUCCUGGUGGAUGAGGACUGCAAAGAAUGUCAGAAAGCUCUUGAAUGGGCUGGAGAAAUCACGCAAGACAUAAAAGAUGUAGCAGUUUACAAGGCAAAAAAUCUAAAACUCCAAAGUGAUCUUGGGAAAAAAUUGGCAAAAGUGGAGAAAGAAUUGUGCAGGAUGAAAAGACACGGAGACAUGCCUCCAGAGAAUUACAGAACAAAACUGAAAGGCCAGCUGAUAAAGUGGCGUGAACAGCAGUAUCAAUGCAAUCUCACUCCUAGCUUUCAAAAUUUUAUUAAUGGCAUCAAACAUACACAGCCAGCAAAGAAGCACUACUUCUUAAAAUGGAUUAAGUUCAACCUGGAUAAUAUUGGUAGGAGAAAUAAGUUACAGGCUGACCACAAAGAGUCUUCCUUGGGAGUUGAGCACUUCAUGCGUGAACUGGGCCAGUUUUAUGAAGCAGAACAUUCAGUGAUUAAAAACAGCAAAAUUGGAAGAUCCAAACCUCAGUUUGCUGAUUUCCCCAGCACUGCUGCUGACCUGAUGCUGGAAGGGUUUCCUUUAGAGCUGAUUGAUGGAGAUGCUUCCAACAUCCCCUUGCAGUGGAUAACUGAUGUUUUGAGUAAAGUCCAUCAAAAACUGAGAAAGCGGUCCCGAAUGUUUGUGAUAACUGUACUGGGAGUGCAGAGCACUGGGAAAUCCACCCUUCUCAACACCAUGUUUGGGCUGCAGUUUGCUGUGAGCAGUGGUCGAUGUACACGAGGGGCCUUCAUGACUCUUCUUAAGGUCCGGGAGAACCUGAUUCAGGAGCUGGGCUGUGAGUUCAUCCUGGUCAUCGACACAGAAGGCUUGAAAGCUCCUGAACUGGCCAAACUGGAAGACAGCUAUCAACACGACAAUGAGUUGGCCACUCUGGUGAUUGGGCUGAGUGAUGUAACAAUUGUGAACAUGGCCAUGGAGAAUGCCGCCGAAAUGAAGGACAUCCUGCAGAUUGUGACUCAUGCCUUCCUGCGGAUGGAGGGAAUUGGGCAAAAACCCAACUGCCAGUUUGUGCAUCAGAACGUCAGUGAUGUUUCUGCACAUGACCAAAACAGGAAAGAUAGGAAACUACUUUUGGAACAGCUUGAUGAAUUGACUAAAAGUGUAGCAAAAAUGGAAAAGCUUGACAGGGAGAUCAAGUUUUCAGAUAUCAUGGACUAUGACUCUGAAAUGCACAAUUGGUAUAUUCCAAGUCUGUGGCACGGAGUGCCACCUAUGGCUUCAGUGAACGUGGCAUACAGUGAAAAAGUGUUUGAGCUAAAGCAGUGCCUUUUUGAAAUCAUGAGAUCACAUAAAAGACCUUCCAGGGACAUCCCUCAGUUUAUUGAAUGGGUGAAAAGUUUGUGGAAUGCUGUGAAACAUGAAAACUUCAUUUUCAGUUUCCGGAACAGCCUAAUAGCAGAAGCCUAUACCAGUUUAUCAAUGAAAUAUUCUGAAUGGGACUGGGCUUUCCGCAGAGAGAUGCACUUCUGGGUUUCUGAACAGGAAACUAUGAUACAGAAUGCUCCCCAUGAUGAAUCUGAUUGCCAGAACUGGCAGCAUGAACUUCAUCAGAAACUGAAAUGUGAAGAACUACAGAUAUUGGAGAAUUUGAGCAAAUACUUUGAAAGUGGAGCAUCAAAUCUGCAUCUAGUAGAAAAGUACAGAGAAGAUUUUGUCAGGAGUGCCAAAAGCCUCCACCGUGAACUUUACAGUUCUUCAUCUAGCAAAAUUCAAGAUGCCAUUCGCAUUAAAAAAGCUCAGGAAAAGAUUGAUGCUCUCCAAGAUGAAUAUCUGAAAACAAUUGAAGGAAAGGUCGACGGACUUCUUGAACAGUGCAGGCAAAGAGACCACAAAUUGCAAGGUGAAGAGCUGAAAAGGGAAUUUGACAGAAUGUGGGGAGAAACAUUAAUGGAAAUAUCACCCAUAGGCUUACAGCAACUCAAAAUAGAUUCAGAAGUAGAACAACAUCUGACAAAAGAGUUGGAUUCUCGAGGAAGGCUAGUCAACCAAAAAUUAGAGACAGGUGGUUUGUUACGCUAUAGGAUACACAAUUUCAGAAUGAAAGACGUAUAUAUAUCCUCACCAGGGCAGUGCCUUAUGAAGCAAAAUUUUGCUGAAGAUGAUUAUUUGUGUAGAGUAAAAGAACUUGUUGACUCCUUGAUUGACAAAUGCAGGUCAUACAUUGAUGAAAAAGUCAGUUCCAAAGGAGACUAUGAUGCCACUUAUUGCAGUGAACUUUUGCAUAUGAUCAACGAGAAGCUUAAAGAAGGUGAUAUUCAGAAACUUCAUACAACACCUUCCUUUGAAGUGGACCUAAAGCUUCAUAUUUUGGGAGAAGCAGCUCAUUUAUUUCAGAAGAUGCAUGACAAUUUUAUUAAGGAAAAUGAUCCCCGUAUACGCCUGGAUAGACUGAAAUCUCAGUAUUUCUCCACUUUCACAGAUCUUUACCUGGAAAAAGAUGCCCAGCAAAGCAGGGCUAAGGAUUUCUGUGACCAGUGCCUCCAUCCUGCUUUUGUGGAUUAUGUCAACAAAAGACUUGGAGUAGAAAUAGUGGACGAUCUUCUUGCCAGCACACAGUCCAUUGAAUAUGCCAGUCGGAGCUUCUUCCAGUUUACUGUCCUGAAGGAGCUGUUGGACAAGAAAGAUUUUGACCAAUAUGUGAAAUACCUCAAAGACUACGAGACGUUUGUCAAGAGCUGGAUCUUGAGACAAGUGCUGCAUCACUUUUCAGAAAAUGAGGGCUUGAAGAACUUGGAGAAACGGAUUCUGACUGCUAUACAAAAGAAUGUAACUGAAACCCUGAAAAACCUGAAGCAUAAAUACUCUGAAAUAUGGGAGUGUUUGGACAAUUUUUGCCAAGAAAUGCAGAAAUAUUUGGUCAUUUCUAAGGAUAGUCUCCGGGGGAUACAAUUUAGGAAUAUGUCUGAUCCUGGGCAAUUUUUUGACUACGUAGAAAACUUUCUUCCUGAUUUGGAAAAACGAAUACUGUAUGAGUUUGAUGUCUUGAGUAUUGAAUCCAAACUCUCCAAAUUGCCUGUGAAGCCCCAGGAUGAAAUCUUCAAGCGAGUGUUUGGCUGUGGGAAGCAGUGUCCCUUCUGCAAAGUGCCCUGUGAAGCUGGAGGGAGUGACCAUAAGGAACAUUUUGCAGCUGUCCAUCGGCCCCAAGGGUUAGGAAGAUACAAAAAGAUAUUAUCAAACAAGCUAGAUUAUAGUCUGUGCUCCACAGAUGUGGCUUCCGAAGUCAAAUUCAUAAAUUCAAAAACAAACUGGGAAUCGCAUCCUUACAAAGAUUACCGGGUCUAUUAUCCAGACUGGUGCAUCCAACCAGAUCCCAGUAUCAACGCUUCUGACUACUGGAAGUUUGUUUUUAGAGAGUUCAAUCAUAAAUUUGCAGCAUGCUAUGAAGCCAAGCCAGCAGAUUUGCCAGAAGAUUGGGAAAACAUAACCCAGGAACAAGCAUUGGAGGCCUUGAAUGCAACCUAUAAUAUGAAACAAGCACCCCUGCCUUGA